CUCAAAGUCAUGCUGAGGGUUCCUCCUCUGGAUCUCAACGCUUGGCCGGGCAAACAUGUCCAUGGUAAGUCCAGAUGAGCCUUUAAUACAUUUAAAUCAGGUCUCUGUGGAUCCGAGGACUGAAGAUGCUGACUUUAUUCAGAAGGUCCUUGUUGGAGCUGCUCCAUGACCUGGUGAUGGACAAGAUUAGUUUCAUGAUCACCUCAACUGCUACAGUGCCGCUUGCUGAAGUUGUUCUCGUUCCGCAUGGAGUUAACUAAAGUCGGAAUAAAGAAGCUAAAAGCAGUUGACUCUAAGAAAACUAGCUAGGCACACUCCAGGAAAUAGCCGGAUCCAAGUCAACCAUUACUUUGAACGGAAUGGAAUUAGCAAUAAAGCUAAUGCGAGCUAGCAAACUUAGCUUGUAGUCCAACUUAGGCUGCUUUUCUUACCGUUUGCGACACAACCAGCCUGGACGUCUACGCCGUGCAUUUUAAACACUCCCGGAGGUGUUUAAGUAUGCGAUGGCGUCGAAUAAUGUGGGGAAAAGAGAGUAAAAGCGUCCUCUUUUGUUAUCGAGGAAAGUGUGCGCUAGGAAAGUUGAGGCGGCUCUCCUCUUCGGGGGAAGCAGCCGCGUUCAAGCUUCUUUUUUAGGACAUGUCAUCGUCCUUGGGGGGAGAUUCAGAGAGGAGUCGUCGUGAUACAAAGGCCGGCGGUGACAAAAGAUUCCACGCGUUGGUUAAAUAGGGCUAAAAAGCGGAGAAAACGCAGACUGUUGCUGGUAAUCUCCGCAGACUUUCAGACAGGAUCCUGGUGGCGCGUUCAGUGGAGCCACGUCAAAAUGGACUCUAGCGAAAAACACAUUACAACACAUUACAACACACUCCCGAAAAAAAAACCAAGGUGAGAAUUAAUUGCAAGUAUUUUGAUUGUACGCUCCUCAAUCAAGGACACUUUUUUAUUUUUCGGUGAAUCAUACUUUUUGGCUAGUUUAUUAAUGUUGUCACUUUACGACGGUCCACAACAGAUGCCAUGAAUUCCACGUUUCCUUGUCGUUACUGCCCCCUAUGGUUGGAAUGCACUCUUACAAUAGGUGCAUUUAACGCAAUAAAACAGACUCUAAGGUGAAUUACUCAUAUUUUAUACGUGCAAGUGUGUUUGUUCCAGCAUAUACAGCCAACCAGUCUUUUCCUGAACCUAAAAAACAAACACCGGCGCCCCCUGGCGGGCAUCGCCACCACCACCGCCACCAUCCUCCUCCUCCUCCUCCUGCAAUGCGAGCAUCGCCGAAGAAGGCUUCACCCAGAAGGCGCAUCCUCCCUCCCAGCCACCCAUGACUGCCGACUAGGGUGGUGCACUUAGCGGACAAACAGAGGGAAUCGUGUUGUUUUUGCAGGGGCGCUAUGGCGAAACACCGCAAAGACAGAGACAGCUGGGGUGAGUGGUCCCUCGGUGACAAGAAUGUCUACGACUGGAGUUCCGAGGAGGAGGAGUCGGACGGGCGGGCGCGGCCCAUCCAGGUCCUGCUGGUUAAAGACGACCACACCUUCGAGCUGGACGAGGUGGCGCUGAGUCGCAUCCUGCUGGCCGAGGAGGUCCGGGACCGUGAGGUGGUGGCCAUCUCCGUGGCCGGAGCGUUCCGCAAGGGGAAGUCCUUCCUCAUGGACUUCAUGCUGCGCUACAUGUACAACCAUGCGUGCCAAGACUGGCUCGGCCUGGCGGACGAGCCUCUGACUGGCUUCUCCUGGAGGGGGGGCUCAGAGAGGGAGACCACCGGGAUCCAGAUCUGGAGUGAGGUCUUUCUGGUGGACCGACCUGAUGGAACAAAGGUGGCGGUGUUGCUCAUGGACACACAAGGCACCUUUGACAGCCAGUCCACACUGAGGGACUCGGCCACCGUCUUUGCCCUGAGCACCAUGAUCAGCUCCAUGCAGGUUUACAACAUCUCACAGAACGUCCAAGAGGAUGACCUUCAGCACCUGCAGCUGUUCACGGAAUACGGCCGACUAGCAAUGGAGGAGACUUUUCUCAAACCUUUUCAGUCCAUGAUAUUCCUCAUCCGAGACUGGAGUUUCCCCUACGAGUUUCCAUACGGCCAGGAAGGAGGCAUGAAAUUCCUGGAAAAGAGACUGAAGAUCUCGGAGAACCAGCACGAGGAGCUGCAGAACGUGCGCAAACACAUCCACUCGUGCUUCACUAACAUCUCCUGCUUCCUGAUGCCUCACCCGGGCCUCAAGGUGGCCACCAACCCGCACUUUGAUGGACGAAUUAAAGAGAUCGACACCGAGUUCAUCAGCAACCUGAAGCUUCUGGUCCCGUGGCUCCUCAGUCCUGGCAACAUCGACGUGAAGGAGAUCAAUGGCAGCAAAAUCACCUGCCGAGGCCUGCUGGAGUACUUCAAGGCUUACAUCAAGAUUUACCAGGGCGAAGAGCUGCCUCAUCCCAAAUCCAUGCUGCAGGCGACAGCCGAAGCCAACAAUCUGGCAGCCGUUGCAGCUGCCAAGGAUCUGUACAACAAGAAGAUGGAGGAGGUGUGCGGAGGCGACCGUCCCUUCCUGGCGCCCAGCGAGCUGCAGGCCCGCCACGCCGUCAUCCGUGAGGAGGCGCUGCAGGUGUUCCGCGGCGUCAAGAAGAUGGGCGGCGAGGAGUUCAGCCGCCGCUACCUGCAGCAGCUGGAGGGCGAGGUGGAUGAGGUGUUUGUCCAGUACAUCAAGCACAAUGACUCCAAAAACAUUUUCCACGCAGCCCGCACGCCGGCCACCCUCUUCGUGGUCAUCUUUGUCAUGUACGUGGCGGCAGGCAUCACGGGCUUUGUAGGCGUGGACAUCAUCGCCAGCCUGUGCAACAUGGUCCUGGGCCUGGCGCUCAUCACGCUCUGCACCUGGGCCUACAUCCGCUACUCGGGCGAGUACAGGGAGCUGGGCGCCGUCAUCGACCAGGUGGCCGGUGCACUGUGGGACCAGGGGAACACAAACGAGGCACUCCACAAGCUGUACAAUGUAGCGGCCAAUCACAGGCACCUGUACCAGCACGCCUUCCCCAGGCAUCAGGUUGCCGAGGCCGCCGAGGAGCACGAAAAGAAGAGGGACUGAGCACGCUCGGCCUUUUCCCUCAUCCUGAUGACGACGGGACUGUACACGUACGCCACGUCCAAGCGAGCAUCUUCACACGUCAGCUGUCAAUCGACACCCGGACGGGCAUCUUCAUCAAACACCACAUGGACUGAAGCGACGCGUGUAGAGAAAAAGAUCCAAUCCAAGAUCCAAUCCUCAUUGGCGUUUUUUUUCUUCUGAAGGAAGUACGUCGUACGCCGCGUUGGAAGGCCAAACAACAAUCACCGCUCACGUCAUUGGGUACACCUGCACCGUAGCAUUACUAAAUGAUGCCUUUGCAAAGAUAAUUGCCACAUUGUAUUUACGAGAGUUAUCAUAAUAUUAAUAAUAAAACCGCCACCCCAUUUUCUACUAAAAUGAAUUUUUUCUUCAUAAUGUUACAAGUUUUUCUCCUAAAAUUGCAACUUUUUUCCUUGUUAGAGUAGGACUUUAUUUUGACUUUAUUCUCGUGAAUUGACCGCCAUUUUUUUUUUUAAACAAUUAUUUUCUAACCAACUUCUCAUAAUUAUAUUUUCACUCUCAUCAUUUAACAAUUUCAUGCUUCUCUUCUGUGGAUUUCAGCUGCAACACGCAUAUUGAAGUUUGUGGUGACAUUGCCACACAUUCUGUUGGGAUACCUGAAGGAGAGAGUGGACUGCAACAACCCACAGACCAUUGAGGCCCUGAAGACCAACAUCCAUCAGGAAAUUCGGAGAAUCCCUCUUGAGACGUGUGGCGAUGUCAUCACAAACUUCAAUGCACGUGUUGCAGCUGGAAUCCACAGAAGAGGAGCGUGGAUUGAACAUGUCAUCAAUUAUUGAACUGAAUAAACAAAGUGGGAAACGCCUGGUAUCAAAUGUUAAUUUGAUGUUUCUGUUACAAAUCUGUAAAUACAACUUUUGAAUAAGUUCUCAUUCCGAAAACUUGUGUAUGAUUAAAAAGUGGUAACAUUUUAUUGGCUCACCCUGUAUAGGGGUGUUAUUUCAUGUCUAGAGGGCUCUAAUGCUAAAAAGCAUAUUUAAAAGGCCGUCAACAGGUUUUCUAUGUCCUAGACUACAAAAACAUUCCAUUUAUAGAUAAGGAAUCCUACUUGGUGGAAAUUCAUUUAUCACGGUCAGGUCUGGACCAAUUAACUGCGAUAAAUGAGGACACAGUACUGUACAGGUUAUAGAUCACAAUACUUUUUUUAAGUUGGAAAAUUAUUGCGAUUUUCUUUCUUAUAAAAUUUGGAUUUAUCUUACUGAGAGGAGCAAAAUAUUAAGAACAUAUGAGGCAGUGCAGUACACAGGUAUGACCUGCACCUCUCUGACAGGGUCAGUGAAAAUCUUUGUAAAGGCUUCAAAUGUGCAUGUGCACCUAAUGUGGUCUGUGAGUGCAUUUACAAGCUAUAAAUAAGUACUUAAUGACGCAUUGUCCGCAUGGUGUAGAUGGUUUAUAAUGUGUGCGUCAUCUUUUGCGAUCAGAAAUCAUGUUUUAAAAAGAGAGGAAAAAAAAAAGUUGUGACAAAGUGUUUCUUGUGACAUUCCACGUAGCGUGCUACAUAGGCCACAUGUGUUUGCCCCACCCACCCCCCCAUCGUGGAUGAGGCGACAUAGCAGGGAGUUGUUUUGUCGAUGUGCGGACGUGGUGGCCGGCAAGUACUGUUGCGUUCCUCGACCCAUCUGUGGGGAAUCCAGCUGUUUGCAUGACCACUCGGGAGCCAGACCUCGACGUGGGACGGGGUCUUUUUUGUUUUGUUUUUUUUUUUUGGGGGGGGGGACACAAUAUCUUCAUUCCUGAUUUUUGUCAACAUCCAAGCCCCACUUUUUGCACAUUUGUCUUCUUAUUGGCCGACUGUUGCUGUCCCUUUUCGUUGUUAAAAGUCAUGUGCAUCUGCAGCAUUAUUGCACAUUCAUGACUGAGAUCACACCUCCGGGGGUUUGAAGCAUUUAAAGGCUCUGCGGUCUUCCACGCUGUCAGCAUCAUCCACAUUACGAGGCCACACAGAGGCUUCCACACUGCUGCUGUGUUGCGACGUAGCAUUCCCGCUGUUAGGGUUUCAUCUGACUUGUGUUCCACGGUUUGCAAUAUUAAAAUGUAAACUACGGCUAGUGA